UAUAUGGAGGGUGCAGUAGGUGGAAAAAUUGGUUGUUAUAUCGAAGUGGUCGGUUGGACUUAUAUAAUAUGUUUGAGGGGGAAGAGGUCUGGCCCGGCUGGUAGUGAAAAUUAUUGACUGACUGCAAAUGUUUUGUGAUGGAGUUGACAUGGGGGAAGGGGGGGAGGAGGGGAGAAGGGGUUGGGGAGAAGGAACGAACAAUAGAACCGGUAGUACUUGGACAAGGGGAAAAGAGGAGGAGGAGAAGGGAGAUUUUCAAUCGCAAGAAAAAGACAAGUUGGAACCAUAGAAAAUUGGGAAAAAAAUUAUUUUAA